AUGGAUGUCGAAGAUGCAGAGAAUGAAGUUUCAAUUUCUUCUGCUAUUCUCAAUUCGAUAACAUCUGGGCAGAAUGAUCUUCUGUCUCCAGAAGACCUUGCUUGGGCUGAUUCCUGCCUCGUUAAAGACUCUGAUAUUUCAGAAACUGAUUGGGUCCCGUUGAAAAAUGCUUUACUAGAAAUUAUCAGUUCCCAAUCUCAAUAUUUUAGCACUGAAGGAGAGGACAUAGAAAUUCCUCCCUACAGUAGUAGUUCUGAAAGGAUUACGGUGGAACUUAAUCAACAAUCUUCAACUUCUGACGGGAAAUGCUUAUCCCAGUCUUUUUCAACUUAUAUUGUUAACCCAUUACAUGUGGCAGUAGAAACAAGCGCAGAUGAUAUUCCAGAUGAUGAAACAAUUGGUACUUUGCCAUCUUUCAAUCCUUGUCGGCCAACUUAUAAUGAAAACCUGAAGGUGAACGAAACCAUUGAUUUUGAACUUAAUCUAGAUACUUCCUCUUAUGAGACGGAGCACCUCGCUGAGAAUAUCUUCAAAAUUUGGGAUUUUGAUAUUCCAUCUGAGGAAGGUGAUCUGGUUAAACAGUUGGAGAAAGCCCUAUCAGAGAAUUCCUUUCAAACAGUGCCAUCAUCUUUCGAUGAUUCAGUGAAGUGGAAGGACACGAAGGACAACUCAUUCGACGAUCUUGUUGCUGGAAUUGCUGACUUGUCAUUGAAGAAAAAUGCCUAG